GAGGAGACAUCACAGCUUUCCCAGAUUGGGAGAAAAAAUAUGGAAUGUGUUUUACUGCUGACUGAACACAACCAAAUGAACUGUACUGACAGUAGUUUGAAAACCAGCAGUUAGCAGUUUGUUCAGACUCUAACACUGUCCAGCACUUUCCAGAGCAAACUCACUGUUUACAAGAACUCUCGGCCUUACGAAGUUUAUAACCUCAAGCUUUGUUUAUUUAAAAUAUUUCUGCGAAAGAAAAGUACCCGAAGCCUAUUUUCCAAAAUGGCCAUGGAUGAGUAUUUGUGGAUGGUCAUUUUGGGUUUUAUUAUAGCUUUCAUCUUGGCAUUUUCUGUUGGUGCAAAUGAUGUUGCCAAUUCAUUCGGUACCGCCGUAGGCUCUGGUGUGGUGACCUUGAAGCAGGCAUGCAUUUUGGCUUCAAUAUUUGAAACCACCGGCUCUGUGUUGCUGGGGGCCAAAGUAGGAGAGACUAUUCGAAAAGGUAUCAUUGACGUGAACCUAUACAACGAUACCGUAGAAACACUUAUGGCUGGGGAAGUUAGCGCAAUGGUUGGUUCAGCUGUUUGGCAGCUGAUUGCAUCCUUCCUGAGACUUCCAAUCUCAGGAACUCAUUGCAUUGUUGGUUCAACCAUAGGAUUCUCACUUGUUGCAAUUGGUACAAAAGGUGUGCAGUGGAUGGAACUUGUCAAGAUUGUUGCCUCUUGGUUUAUAUCUCCACUGUUGUCUGGUUUCAUGUCUGGCGUGCUGUUUGUACUGAUCAGAAUGUUCAUCUUAAAAAAGGAGGACCCUGUUCCCAAUGGCCUCCGGGCACUUCCACUGUUCUAUGCUGCUACUAUAGCAAUAAAUGUCUUUUCCAUCAUGUACACAGGAGCACCAGUGCUAGGUCUGGUUCUUCCCAUCUGGGCAAUAGCACUCAUUUCCUUUGGUGUUGCUCUACUCUUCGCUCUUUUUGUAUGGCUCUUUGUGUGUCCAUGGAUGCGGAGGAAAAUAGCAGGAAAAUUACGGAAAGAGGGUGCUUUAUCACGAGUAUCUGAGGAAAGCCUCAAUAAAGUCCAAGAAGCUGAGUCCCCUGUCUUCAAAGAGCUCCCAGGUGUCAAGGCAAAUGAUGACAGCACCGUCCCUCUAACAGGAUCAUCUGGGGAAGCAUCUGGGGCCUCAGAAGGCACAUCAUCGGGGAACCACCCACGCGCCUCCUAUGGAAGGGCCCUUUCCAUGACUCAAGGUUCUAUAAAAUCACCGAUCUCCAAUGGCACAUUUGGCUUUGAUGGCCACACAAGGAGUGACGGACAUGUGUAUCACACUGUACACAAAGACUCGGGGCUCUACAAAGACUUGCUGCACAAAAUUCACAUAGACAGGGGCCCCGAGGAGAAGCCUGCCCAGGAAAACAACUACAGGCUCCUGCGACGAAACAACAGUUACACAUGCUACACCGCAGCCAUUUGUGGGAUGCCAGUUCACUCCACUUUCAAAGCUACUGACUCGUCCUCUGCCCCAGAAGAUAGUGAGAAGCUGGUGGGUGACACUGUGUCCUAUUCUAAAAAGAGACUUCGCUAUGACAGCUACUCCAGCUAUUGCAAUGCAGUUGCGGAAGCUGAGAUCGAGGCAGAGGAGGGUGGUGUGGAAAUGAAACUAGCAUCUGAGCUGACAGAUCCUGGCCAGCCUCGAGAGGAUCCUGCAGAAGAAGAAAAGGAAGAGAAGGACACUGCUGAGGUCCAUCUCCUGUUCCAUUUUCUGCAAGUUCUCACUGCCUGUUUUGGGUCCUUUGCUCAUGGUGGCAAUGAUGUGAGUAAUGCCAUUGGUCCCCUGGUAGCUUUGUGGCUGAUUUAUGAACAUGGUGGAGUAAUGCAAGAAGCAGCUACUCCUGUCUGGCUGCUGUUUUAUGGAGGAGUUGGAAUUUGUACAGGUCUCUGGGUUUGGGGAAGAAGAGUGAUCCAGACCAUGGGGAAAGACCUCACUCCAAUCACACCUUCCAGCGGCUUCACCAUUGAACUGGCCUCGGCAUUCACUGUGGUCAUCGCCUCCAACAUUGGGCUUCCUGUCAGCACCACACACUGCAAGGUGGGUUCCGUGGUGGCUGUGGGCUGGAUCCGCUCCCGAAAGGCCGUGGACUGGCGCCUCUUCCGUAAUAUCUUUGUGGCCUGGUUUGUGACUGUCCCAGUGGCUGGGUUAUUCAGUGCUGCUAUCAUGGCUCUUCUCAUAUAUGGGAUCCUUCCAUAUGUGUGAUUUGUCUUCUUCCAACCAGUAAACUAAAGGGAUAGUCUAGCAUGGGUAUGUGGAAGGUGUUCCCUCAUAUCUCUCUCUCCACCCCUCUCCCUCCCUCCCCCGCCCCCGACACACACACAUCCCAACCACACACAGCUGUCUCCCAACCAGCUCUCCACAUCCUUUUCAAAUGGUUCCAGACCACACACCUCACCCAGGCUGCAGAAAUUCAUCUUCCAGAGCUAACUUAACUACUGUACAUAGUAAUAUGUAUUAAACUGUUAUCGUGGUGA